CUACAAUGACACAGUGGUUUCAUCGCAGUCGAAUGAGAAAGAUGGCCAGGACGCUUUAGAUUAAUGAUGGUUGUAAUAUGGCUGGGCAGAAGCUGUUAACUUGUUAAUAAAUUUUACACAACUUAGUUAGGGUCUCUUAACAAUUGAAGAAGAUAAGUGACAGUAUACUAUUACGGAGUACUAGGUUUGAAAUUAAAGUUCUGGUACUGUUACCUUCGGGAGGCGUUUAAUUUAAACAUCGUGAAACAUUAUUUUGGCGCCUUUUUCUCCUCAGAGUUACCGGCACAGCAUAUUGGCGCGAACUGUCACAAAUCAAACAAUGCUCUUACGAUUAAAAUCGUCAUGUUCAUGAUGUACCUAGAAACACUUGUGUAAUAAAUCGCGACCUUCAGCAGACAAGUGCUCCAUACGCACCUUUUUUUUUCGACAAAGCAAUAGUAUAUACUAGUACUAAAAGACGUCUACUUUAUUCAGUAGUAACGCAGAUGAAUCGUCGUUGUUGUUGUUGUUAUUGUUUUCAUAGCGUUUAAGCGAAGUGUCAGUAAACUAACAAUUCUUUAGGUUGGCAAAACAAGAAGAGUCCAAGUGUCACUUGUGAAUUGUGAAACUUGGAUCAGUGGAAACUAGGACUGCCUUUACAUGUCCUCCAAAUAGUUGUCCCCUAGCUUGGAACGCGUUAGUUCCCAUGACAACGUAAACAUCAAACAAAUACGUCAAAACAUUCGGGAAUGAGUCUGUGCAAACGGGCAAUGUCAAAUACAAAGAUAGAAGUGUAUCUGAAAAGUAAAAUUGAAACUGUUGCCCGUAUCAGAUAUUCUGCGUCAAAGACUAUGACUCGCGACGCAAAUUUCGCAAUAUCUUGUUUAUAAUCGCAUGCCAUAUUUGCUCCUCAUAAAAAGUAUGAGUGAAGUAGACGCACACAUAACACGCCUGUAUCAAAUUGAAAAACGGCUGGGCCAGGGGGCCUACGGGAUUGUCUGGAAGGCACUGGAUAAGAAAACGAAGAAAACAGUUGCAGUGAAAAAGAUAUAUGAUGCCUUUCGGAAUAAGACUGAUGCACAGCGAACAUUCAGGGAGAUUAUGUUCCUUCAAGAAUUUGGUGAACACCCAAACGUCAUAAAACUACUUGGUAUUCAUAAAGCCAGGAACAACAGAGAUAUAUACCUCGUAUUUGAGUAUAUGGAUACAGAUUUGCACAAUGUUAUCAAAAGAGGAAAUAUACUCAAAGAUGUUCACAAGAGAUACAUCAUGUACCAGCUGCUAAAAGCCACAAAGUACAUCCAUUCUGGCAAUGUUAUUCACAGAGAUCAGAAGCCAUCUAAUAUUCUUUUGGAUUCUGAGUGUCACUGCAAAGUGGCUGAUUUUGGUCUGGCAAGGUCACUGUCGCAGCUGGAUGAUGGUUCUGGAGAAGGAUUGAGUGAUCCACCUUUAACUGACUAUGUUGCUACCCGCUGGUACAGAGCCCCAGAAAUACUGGUGGCGAGCAAAAGAUACACACAUGGUAUAGACAUGUGGAGCUUGGGAUGCAUACUGGCUGAGAUGCUUUUGGGAAAACCUCUAUUUCCUGGAUCAUCGACAAUCAACCAGAUGGAAAGAAUUAUGAGUGCCUUACCAACACCAUCAAAAAGUGACUUGAAAUCAAUUUUUGCUGGUUAUGGCAGUUCACUUCUUCAGAAACCACCCCCAGGGCCACAUAAGAGCUUACGUGAAUUGUUGAGCAAUUCAUCCCCAGAUGCUGUAGAUCUUGUUUGCAGACUGGUAGUUUUCAAUCCAGAUAAAAGACUGACUGCAGAGCAGGCCCUUGAACAUCCUUAUGUAUUAAGGUUUCAUGACAAAGAUCGAGAACCGAAACUGAAACGUAAUGUUCUACUACCUCUCCGUGAUGAUGUGAAACUUUCUGUGGAUGACUACAGACGCAAAUUGUAUGAAUUAAUGGAUAGAAGGAAACAUCACGAUAGGCCCAGGCCAUUAUUAUGUCAGUGCUAUUCUGCUCCUGGCAUUCUGCAGCGGCCUCUGGUGACUAAUUAUGGUGGGACACUGGGCUUCCGAUAUAAUGGGCAUAACAGUGCAGUUGGCACUAUAUCAGCAACAGCUUUGCCAGCAACAUCACAUAAAAUCCCCAGAGCUGUUGACCAUUUACAGAGAAAUACAGAAAUUCACCAGAGAAGACGCAGCUCAGAAUUAAAUGGCCUCCUACAAAAAACACCUGUAAGACCUGUAGGCCCUGCGCACGUCCCAGAGGACACUAGAAUGGGAACCUCAAACAAUCACUGCAUCCAGACUGUGGGCUUGGUACCCAUCUCAAGCUCAAAGAUACAUGUUUCCCUUCAGAGAAAGGUCCAGCACAAUGUGCAACAGAAGACAAUACAACAUGAGCAUUAAACUGUAACACUGUACCAGAAGUCAUUUCACUUCAGCGGUAUGGUCACCAGAGAAGUAACUCAGAUGAUGUGUUCUUAGUUGUAGCAGCAUCUGUGUGUGUCAUUUUGACAGCAAGCUUUGCUAUAAUGUGUGGCUUUGCAAUUUGUAAUUAUUUAGUUCUAUUUGUUAAAAUCAGUGGUCUUUUUGAAGGAAAUUUUACAGUGAAAAAGUACUGAAAUGCUGUUUCUACUGUAGCUUUUCAGAUAUUCUGACAAAUAACUGUGAAAUUAGGAAGUCAUAUGUCUAAUGAUGAACUGUCCGAAGAAUAUUUUUAAUUUCUCCCAAAACUGUUUCUUGUUGACUUUGACAUAUAAAUUCCUAGAAAAAUUAGUACAAGCUUCCUAUAUUUUAGAAACUAAUUUAUUUUAUAGCAUUUACAGUUUGGAGUGAGUAGCGUUUUCAUUAUUGCAUUAAGAGAUUUUGAUAUAUAUCAUUUUAUUGUAUUUUUUCUGAAUUCUCUUUUGAUGUCACAUUUGAUCAUUUCUAUCUUUUUCAUAAUUUGUAAAUGAUGAGAAUUGUAUGUAGCUCAUGUUUCACAUUCCCUAUGUAUCUUUGUCCAAUCAUAAAGAAGUACAAACUGAUGAUCAGUGGAGUACAUCUGAUAAUAUGGAUUUUUACCACUGUUCUCAUCACACUCAUUCAGUUCAGUUCUUGGGAACAUUAUAUGGAAAUAUUGUUGCUUCCUGAUGAAGCUGCAAUGUUUUUACAUCAAUAACAAACUUUCUUUCACAGUAAAUUUUAUACACCAGAAUACAUGUCCUGUAUAUUUCUUUUAAAAGAAAUGUUGCAGUGCAAUGGACAACAGUGAGCAAUACAUUUGUUUCCUUACAGUAUUAUGCAUAUCAUAAUACCUCAAGUGGUCUCACUUUUGACUGAAGAAGUUCUACGAGUCUGAAAUAAAUUGAAUG